GGGGAUGCCAAUCAAAGCGUCAACUUCAAAUUGUAUCUGAGGGAUCAGCCUGGAAGACCUCAGGGCCAGGCGCGUCAGUCGGAGCGCAAUUGUUGAUCAGAUCACAUCCAGCGGACUUUUGCGCAAGAAGAAGGAGAAAAGAGAGAAAGCCGAGAUUUGAGCGGUUUGUUCCUCUGCUUCACCUCUCCAUGCGCCUGUCGCUGCCGCGACUUUGGCUUAAUCACUUCUCCUGGUAAUUCUUUUUUUUUUUUUUUUUUUUUUUUUUUUGCUUCUUUAAAAGAAGACACAUUUACGCGCAGUUUUGGACUUAAACGAGCUGUGCGAGACAAAUCCAGCGGAGGAGAUGUCUUUCCCGCAGUUAGGCUACCCGCAGUACCUCAGUGCCUCCCAGGCGGUGUACGGGAGCGAGAGACCGGGGGUGCUGACGCCCUCGUCCCGGGGAGGGAGCGCCGAAAUCGGAGGAAGUCCGUCCGCCACCGCGACGGCCGUCACCUCCGUGCUGGGCAUGUACGCCAACCCGUACGUGCACAACUACAGCGCGUUUUUACCUUACACCAGCGCGGACCUGGCGCUUUUCUCACAAAUGGGACCUCAGUAUGAGCUGAAGGACGGCCCUGGCGUCCAUCCUGCCACCUUCGCGGCCCACACGUCUCCAGCCUUCUACUCCUACGGCCAGUUCCAGUACGGAGACCCGGCCAGGCCCAAGAACGCAACCCGGGAGAGCACCAGCACCCUGAAAGCCUGGCUCAACGAGCACAGGAAAAACCCCUACCCCACCAAGGGGGAGAAGAUCAUGCUGGCCAUCAUCACCAAGAUGACGCUGACGCAGGUCUCCACCUGGUUCGCCAACGCCAGGAGGAGGCUCAAGAAGGAGAACAAGGUGACUUGGGGAAGCAGGAGCAAGGAGGACGGGGAGGACGGGAACCUGUUCGGGAGCGGAGACGAGGCGGAGAAGAACGAAGACGAGGAGGAGAUUGAUCUGGAAAGCAUAGACAUAGACAAGAUCGAUGACAACGACGAGGAUCAGAGCAACGAGGAGGACGAUGAUAAGUCUGUGGAGGGGAGCAGGGAGCACAGGGGCGCCGGGGCGCCCGGAGAGCUGGACACCCUGGAGAAGAGACGGGCCUUUGCCCUGCAGGCCCACGAGGCCUUUGAGAAAUCUAAAACCGCAAUUUUGGUUCACUCAGGCGGAAAGGAGAACUCGGACGGCAACAGCAACACCACGAGGGUUCUGUCUCCGGACAGGCCGGGGACUUUUCCUCUCCCCUCCAACAAUAAACCCAAAAUCUGGUCUUUAGCAGAAACUGCGACCAGUCCUGAUAGCUCCUCCCAGAAACCAGCGUCUCCCUGCGGCCCGGGGGCCACCACUCACCCGUCAGCGCCCCACCAGAUCCAGACGCACCCGGCCUUCCUCCCGAGUCACGGACUGUACACAUGCCAGAUUGGAAAGUUCCCCAACUGGACAAACGGGGCUUUCCUGGGCCAGAACCCCCUGCUGAACGUCAGGUCGUUCCUGGGAGUAAACCAGCACCACCUGCAGCAGCAGCAGCCCACGUCAGUGGUGGUGUCGCCGGUAGCAGCUGCGGCGGCGCUCAGCAACGACAGCAAGGCCUCAGCAGAAACCCACAGUCCCAAGCACAUAGAGCAUGAAAACGGAGUAAGACCUGAUUCACCUCCAUCACAGACCCUGAAGCCCUCCUUUCGCCCCCUCCAUGACAGAUCCUCUCUGCCUUCCAGCGCCAGGAGUCCCCAAGACGCCACGCAACGGGUCCUCACUGCGCUCUCCUCGGCUUGAUCAAGACGUUUUCCCCCAGAGCUUAAAAAUAAAUAUAUUAAAAAAGAAAAGAAAAGAGACUUUUUUACGCUUUUUACGCAAGAAAAGGACAAUAAUAAUGCGGUGUAGCAUUCAGUCAACAAAUGGCGUAAUUUGGUAAUAUCCUGUGGAUGGAUGAAUUUCCUCUAUUGUUGUGUAGCCUCUAAUGUUAUACUCUCUCUUCCACUUUGCCCGGGCUGGCUGGGCUCGAUUUGGUAGGCUUUUUACUUUAUUAUUAUUAAUAUUAAUAUUAUUAUAAUUAUUCGUCUCUAUCACGUGCUUUUGGUGUCAUUUCUCUAAUGUAAAUACCAGCUGAUUUAAAUUUGUAAAUAGGAAAAAUUGAAGGAAUUUGUCCAGAUCGUAUAUUUUGCUUAAUAAACUAAAUGAAAUUAUGGAGAAAAGCGGAAAUCUGCA